AUGUGCCACGGACUCAACCAGGAAAGCCUAUAUCCCGGGCGAGCCUAUGAAACUAUCAAGCCUUUGCUCAAUGAACAAUCAUCUUUUGGUGCUAUUUUUGGUGGUGCAGCUGCGAUGGACUGUCGUCGUCUAUCUAUUCCCUACAAUGAAAGAAGCCCGGCCGAUCAAAUAGCGAAAUUUCAGACACAGAACGACAAAUUUACAGGCAGACAGGCCUUAAAAUUCCGCGUAGAAACUGUCAAAACGCGAAUAGCUACAGCGCCAUUCCGACAUGACCAACGUUUUCUUGACACAUGGAAUCGAGACACAGGAGAUUGUACAGAUAAAGAGAAGAAGAUUUCUUUGAGUGUCAAUGGAAAACCGUAG